GUAACACCUGCCGUAGCUGCGAUGGUAACGGGCGACAAGUGUUACUUUUUUAGAGUAUGUUUCUUUGGUAUGCAAGACACUUUGUGGGACGAAUUGGGAAGACAUUACUACAAGCUUUGUACCAUACAAGAUGCUACUGAUUUUAUCUUUGGCAGAGGCCAGGCUUUAUUUGAGAGUUGUGCCAUAUCUGUUAUUGAUGGGGCACUAGGUCCAGGUUUCCUUGGUUAUAUAACAGCUCAAGGGAGAUCAAGUCCAAAAGAUUCAAAUGGUUUUGUUUUCAAAGAUUGUAAGGUGUUUGGAACUGGGUCAAUUUACUUGGGAAGGCCAUGGAGAGAUUACUCUAGAGUUCUCUUCUACAAUACCUACAUGUCCUCCAUUGUACAACCUAUUGGUUGGGAUACAUGGUAUUCCAAUGGACACGUGGAUCGCGUAACGUUUGCUGAGUAUGACAAUUUUGGACCUGGUGCUAAUACAUCCAAGCGAGUGAAUUGGACUAAGAAGUUGGGUUUAUCAACAGUUAAGGAGUUAGCAAGUUUGAAAUUCAUUGACACUGAAGGAUGGAAUCCUGAUACGGCACAUACAGAGGAGGAUGUUAGAGACACAGAAGCAGCUGGUGUACAAAGUAGAAAGGCUAGGAUUAAAGGUUGCCCAUCUUGGGCAAUAGAUUACAUUCACUAG